UCUGCACAGGUAGGCCUCCCAAAGUGCUGGGAUUACAGGCAUGAGCCACCACACCCAGCCUCCACCUCUUACAGUGGGCCUGAUAUUAUAAUGCCCAUUUCCUAUGAUGAAAAGGAACUGAAUGAGUGUGGAAUCUCUAGGACGGCGCUGGCAUAUAAUGGGCCCUUGGGGUUUAGUUUAGUAGCAAAUUAAAAGGUGCCCAUUCCUCAAAACCUUCUAUAGACAUCUUUCAGAAAACUGCCAUGGAUAAAUAUCUGCAAAUCAAAGCAAAACUUUAGGGACAAACUACAUCAGUCUUCACCUGUGAAUUUUGCAUCUAUGAUGCAAAUGACACCCCCUCUAAGGUGUUACCCUUCUGCAGUGCACUACCUGUGCAACUGUCCUCAGCAAAGAGUACUUGGCCUCGUGGGAGAUGUCUCCUCCAUGUGCACUGCUGCCCUUGGAGGCUGUGAAAAGUGAGGUGUGGGAACCUGAGCUGUGCCCUCUCUGCCAUGGUCAGCAUUUUAACCCAACCUCAGAAAGCAGGGGACCAAAACCGAGCCUGUCCUGGAAGACCUUGCCCAUCCCCGGAGGGCUCCCCAUCCAUAUUUCUCAAGGAGGCCAAGUGGGUGAAAUGGUCAGCACUGCCAUGCUGUGGGGUCCUAAAAUCUGCUGUCCUCCUUCCUGCAGACCAGGGCUGAACACUGGUGCCCAGGUGCUCUUGCCAUGGGUCCUGGUGCAGCCAAGCAUGGUUUCAAACAUGACCUGACCCUUAGUCAACCUGGAGGCUGAUGUCUAGAGUGGGCGCUGGCGUCUGCAGCACCUGUAGCCUCUGCAUCACCCUUAGGGCAGGUCUGCCUCCCGGGCCCAUGCACAGAGGACCUGGUCUCCCAGCCUGCAGGUGCCCCUGUGGUGUCCAGGACGACGAGGGGGUCUCUCCAUACUUGGUGGGGCUGGGGCCCUCCUACUUCCCACCUCCUUGUGUCCCUCACUCCCCUGUUUCAUUCCAUGCCGAGCCUCCCCUGCCUUGGGCUCCCCUGGGGAGGGGGUGGUGGCAGGAGUUGCCCAAGGGCAGCUCUGCCCAUGAGCAGCUGCUCUAGUGGCUCCUCCUGCUGCUGUUUGCCGGGUGCUGCUGACCCCUGAGAGGUAGAGAAAAGGCAUUCAGGUGGUUCACACCCCACACAGGUGCCCCUCACAGGGUCCUCACUGGUGGCCAGCGCUGUGUGUGUGACGAUGAUGACAAGCCUAAACUGCACAAGGACUCAUGUCCCGGGCGCUCCAUGUGACCACCUCCGGAGAGGUCUCUGGCUCGUUGUGACCCCAAGGAGUAACCCACUGCCUCCUGCAGCUCUUUCAGACCCAGUUGCAAAGAAGAGCUGCAUGCUCAACCUGCUGCUAUCCCUGCCAGAGGCCAACCUGCUCCCCUUCCUUUUCCUUCUGGACCAACUGAAAAGGGUGGCAGAGAAGGAGGCAGUCAAUAAGAUGUCCCUGCACAACCUCGCCACGGUCUUUGGCCCCACGCUACUCGGGCCCUCCAAGAAAGAGCGCAAGCUCCCUGCCAAUCCAAGCCAGCCUAUCACCACGACCGACAGCAGGUCCUUGGAGAUCAUGUCCCAGAUCCAGAUACCUAGUAAGAUGCUGGAAUGUAUUCCCUGGACAAUCCGUGUCCUGGCAGCAUUUGGUCUUCCCAUAAGUGCCUGGCUUCGCUGUUCUCAGGAGUGGGUUCUGAAGUCUUUGGAGAACAGGAUACAUGGAGGGUUAGGAAGGGGCCAGGCCUAGAGACAGGAGACUCCCUCCCAGAGCAGGUGGAGGCACAGGACCAUUUGCUACCCCAUCUGCCGGCACCUGCGGGGGAGCCCAGGCAUUCUUUGUAAACCCUCCUGACCACCUGGCUAAAGAAAAGAGAAGCAUGGAGGCCGCCAAGUAUUUUCAAGAAAUAACCCCAAGAACAUUGCAUCACUGUUUUAGAGAGAGGGGCUUGGGGCAGGCAGAGGAGAGAAGGGAGAGCAAACUGAGAGCCAAGUUUCCAGACGGUCCUGCAGGAGGAGAGGAUGCAGCUGCCCAGAGGGAAGCAGGAUCACAUUUAAGGAAGUGUGUGGGGUCCCUGGAUGACACCAGCACCCAGUGCGGCUCUGUCUGGCGACCGCUCCCAAGGUGGGAGGAGUGGGUGCCCCUGUGUGUCAGUGGGCAGCUCCUGCUGAGCCCGCAGCUCACUGGGGAGCCUGAGAGCGGGGCCAUGCACCUGACACUCCUCUUUGCUUGUGGACCUGGCGAGGCAGGGAGCAGAAAACAGAGCCACUUGAAGGCUUUCUGUCUGCGUCUGUGUGCAGUGUGGAUUUAGUUGUGCUUUUUUCUUGCUGGGAGAGCACAGCCACCAUUUACAAGCAGUGUCACCCUCGUGGGUGGCGAGGACAGAACAGGAGCCUCUGCUCUCUGUACCUAUCUGGGCCUGGUGGGCUCCCCUGUGCUGGCUUCCAUCUCUGUCUCAGCGACCAUCCAGCCCUGUGCAGGAACACAUGUUGCUUAGAAAAGCCAAAUCCAGCCCUUGUCUCAGUCUCCUCUGGUCUCAUGAUGUGCAUCUGUUACCUUGAAACUGGAAACCAGUCUAUCGAUGUCUGUGCCAAUUUUUGUUCCCUCCCCAACCUCCUUCCCCAUACGACUUUUUAUUUACGUAGGAUGUGUGCUGCCUAAUGAUGGGAUGACCACACUUUUCCAUGUUCGGAAAGUGCUCCUCUCCCGCAGGGCCCCAGGCCUGAUGGUUGCUUUGGGUCUACAGCUACGUCUUACCCGCCUCCUGGCUCGAAAGCCUGUGUGGUG